GCCACACACUGGACUAACCUAUCCCAUCUCCAUUCUACCCAGCCUCUGCUCUGUGCCUCCUUCAUGCUACUAUGAAAGGGAAAACAAAGGCUAAGAGUGAAAUGAUGGACGCUGAAGGCGAGGAGAACCAAACCCAAGUAUGCGGUGGCAGCGGGGUUCUGACUGACUGCGUUGCUGAGGUGCCCAGCGCCGGCGUGCUGGCUGCCAGGAAGAGGAGCGCGCUCGAUGGGGUCCUGGGGGCCCCCGUCAACAAGCGCAAGUCGCUUCUGAUGAGGCCGCGUCACUACAGCCCCAGCCCCAGCCCUGGCCCCGGCCCCGGCCAAGCCAGCGACAGAGACGAGGACGGAGAGAGGGACGAGGAUGAAGAAGGCGCGGAGCUGGCAGCCGCACGGGACAAAGCCGAGCUGAGGAACACUGACACUCCAGCAGAGGAGAAUGGAGUGCUUGACCCUGCUCUGCACAGUGAGAGAAACACACACGCCCAGGACUCGCUCCACUGGUCUGACGUCCUGAGUGAGGGAUCGCCUCUACCGCAAAGCCUGAUCCCCGAGAUGAUCGACGAGGAAGAGGAGGAUGAAGAGGAGGAGGAAGAGGGUGAGGAGGGAGGCCUGCAUAAGGAGAACCACGCGGACGAGAGCUUGCGGGAGAUGGACAUGGCCUACCGUCUGGCACGGCACCGCGACCUGGAGCAUCUGGAGCGUCUGGAGCUGGACAAUGGUGAGUGGCUGCAGGCCCCCUCGCCUGCCUCCGCUGGUGGCCAGCUCAACGGCGUCCACCUCCACCUCAGCCCUGCCAAGCCCGCUGACGAACCCCUGGCCAGGAGGGUGCGUCUGGGCGCCGAGCUGCACGCGGAGGAUGCCCUCCUGGGCUACAUGGGCCGGCCCGGCAGCGGCCUGCUGGUAGCAGACGACUUCGCCUUCACCCGGGAGCCCAGCGAGGACAGCGAGGACGAGCUGCACCACCACCACCACCAGAACCAUCACCAUCACAACCAGCAGCAGCAGCAACAGCAGGCCCGCCUGGAGCCCAGCUGGGGCCCCGGGCUGGCGGUGCGGCCGGUGAGCCUGGACCGGGCGCGGCUCAACCUGAGCCUCCUGGAGCAGGCCAUGCUGCUGCAGUCGGAGCAGCGGCAGGCCCUGCAGCACGCCUACAAGGACAUGGACCGCUUCCUGCUGGAGCAGAUGAACGGCGAGCGCCGGCACCAGAGGAUGCUGGAGAUGAGCGCCGCCCGCGCCGCCUUCCACGGAUGUAAAGACUCCCUGCGUCCAGAUAAAAAGGAUGUGAAGUGCCCCACUCCUGGCUGUGAUGGCACUGGUCACGUAACAGGACUGUACCCCCAUCACAGGAGCUUGUCAGGGUGUCCCCACAAAGUCCGAGUCCCCCCAGAAAUCCUGGCCAUGCAUGAAAACGUCCUCAAGUGUCCGACCCCUGGCUGCACGGGAAGAGGUCACGUCAACAGCAACCGUAGCACACACCGGAGUCUUUCAGGGUGCCCCAUAGCUGCUGCAGGGAAGAUCUCCAAACCACAAGAGGACAUGAACAAGUCUAGGCAGCCGCCUGAUCGCUUGUCCAGCUGUUUAUCUAGACCUUCAGGCAUGAUGAAGAAAUUCGACUUCAGCCAGUUCAGUAGCUACAGGCUGUCUCAUCCCGUGGCUGCCUUGCAAGCAAACAUCUCCAAGGACAUGGACAAGUACAGCAAGAUCCGUUUUGAUCACGCCAGCUUCGACGCACAGGUCUUCGGCAAGCAACCACAGUUGGCGCCUAACCAGGAUCAAGAAAUCUCUCACUUCUCUGAAUCGCCAUCACAGUACCCCCUUUUCCUGGGCCUGGGAGGUCAUCUGAUGAUCCCCGGCGGUGGGCAGAGUCCAGUUCACUCCAAAACGGAGAGCGACGGUCUCCAGGCCUCCGCCAACGCUGCUGCUGCUGCCCGCCGCCACCGCCGCGCCAUCCUCAACCUCAGCACCCGCUACCGUGACAAGAUGGAGGUUCUCUCCGGCCAGCCGUUGGCACCGGCCACAAAGCGAGUGCGCUUGAAUGCCAGCACUGGGGCUGAGCAUGUGGGCUGGGACCAGCGGCACUCUGGACCUGAGCAUGAAGACCAAAAGGGAGAAGAUGAAGGACCAGACAUCAUUGCCGCCUCCUCCGCCUCCCCCGCGCUUCCCGGCAUGCCGCUGGGCGAAGGCCUGCCCACGCCGGUCACCUCCAUGGCCAAAGCCAGCGGCCUCCACAUCCCCUCGGCUUUCUACCAGGCACUGUGCGAGCAGGAGGGCUGGGACUCACCGCUGAACUUCAGCAAGCCCCACAUGCAGCUGGAGAGGGAGGACCAGCAUGACAAGACUUCACUAGAUGACAAGGCGUAUGCAGGAGACCCUUGCUUGAUGAGUCCUAAAGCAAAGAUGCUUUCAAGAGAAGCAAAGAAGGAACUGAUGAGUUGUCCAACACCUGGUUGUGAUGGCAGUGGUCAUGUGACAGGAAAUUAUGCUUCCCAUCGAAGUGUUUCCGGGUGUCCACUGGCAGACAAGACCCUGAAGUCGCUGAUGGCUGCCAACGCUCAGGAACUAAAGUGCCCAACACCUGGUUGUGAUGGAUCUGGCCACGUGACAGGGAACUAUGCCUCCCACCGCAGCCUGUCAGGGUGUCCUCGAGCAAGAAAGGGAACGUUGAAGCUGACACCAAACAAGGAUGAAAAGGAUGAGCAGGAAAUGAAAUGCCCAGUGGAGGGGUGUGACGGUCAGGGUCACGUGUCGGGGAAGUACACAUCCCACCGGAGCGCAGGAAGCUGUCCCAUAGCUGCAAAGAGACAGAAGGAGUGCUCCAUGAAUGGGUCACCUUUCUCCUGGAAGGUGUCCAAACAGGAGCUGCCACACUGCCCGCUCCCAGGCUGCAACGGACUGGGUCACGCCAACAACGUCUUCAUCACCCACAGGAGCCUGUCGGGUUGUCCACUGAAUGCACAGAGUUUAAAGAAGAAGCUGGCAGGGGACGAAAUGAUGACCAUUAAAGUGAAGGCAAGCAGUGGUAUUGAAAAUAAUGAGGACAUGCAGCACUUGGAUAAUGAGAUUAAGGAACUGAAUGAAUCCAACCUGAAAAUAGAAGCUGACAUGAUGCAGCUGCAGACUCAAAUAUCAUCAAUGGAAUGUAACCUAAAGACAAUUGAAGAAGAAAACAAGAUGAUUGAGCAGCAUAAUGAUGGCCUAUUGAAGGAAUUAGCUCGUCUAAGUCAGGCACUUAUUAACAGCCUAACAGACAUACAGCUACCACAAAUGGGUCCUAUCAACGAGCAGAAUUUCGAAGCCUACGUGAACACACUGAUGGAUAUGUAUAACAACUCAGAGCAUGACUACUCCCCUGAGUGCAAGGCCCUUUUGGAUAACAUCAGACAGGCCAUUAAAGGUAUCCAUGUGUAGGAUGUCUGUCUGUCAGGGGGUUUGCUGCGUGGGGCAAUAUUUCUGGACCGCUUUAUUUUCUAAAGGAGGCCUGGCGUCCCUCCAUGUGCAAGGAAAUGGCAUUCUGAAAAACAUUGCCAUUCCACUGAAAACAUUACUGCACUGAAGAGAAAAAAUACUCUACCAGCCAGAAUUUGUAAAAGUUUUAACAGCUUCUGAGCUCACUCAAUACAUUUAUUUAUUGAGAUUUAUACCCCUUUGCACUUAAUUAUUUCGUAUGGUUUGCUUGAUUUUACUCUGUAUUUGUUUUUUGUUUGUUUGUUUUUUGCAUAAUUGAUUUCUGUGUAAAACAUAUUUUACGUAUAAUUAUGCCGUUGCUAUUUAUUCUCUCCAUUCAAAUAUUUAUUACACAGUAAUAUAUUUAAUUUAUAUCUAAUAAUGAUAGUGGUGUUCGAAAGUGGAAAUUUAAUUUGUUUUGUUCUGUUUGACUUUAGGGCAGUGCGAAAUUGUGAGCAACAAACAAACACAUUCCGUACUCCUCUCUUGUAAGGUUUUGUCACUAAAAUAAAAUCUUUCACAGUUGGGAUGACCAACCUGUAAACUCCAGGCAUAGAAAUGCUGCUCGUCUUUGCCAUCUAGUGGCGAUAAGCAGCAUCUACAUUAAGCGAUUCCAAUUAAACUGCUCCUCCUCCAGUACUGAAGAAGGAAAUUUAUAUGAAAUUCAGUAUUGAAUGUACAGUGAAAAAUCACAGCACAGAAAAUAAAGAAUCACAUGAAAUGAAAAAUAAUAAAUAAAUAAAUGAUGUAUCACUGCAAAGAAUAGCUGGAAUGAAUGUCACACCACAGCUUAAAUGUGUCUUGAAAGGAACUAAUAAUCAGUAUGACAAAUUUCAAAAGUCUUUGUUUUCUUUAAACUUAUUUUCAUUCAUUUAUAUCAAUAUCUGCCUUUGGUGUGCACACAUGUGUGUGUGUGCAUUUAUGUGCCUAAAUGUAAAUGAAUACAUGAAAUAUACUCUGUUUUGUGGUAGAACAGUAUUAUGUGAAUGGUGUUUAAUUUAUUACACAGUAUACCUAUUUUCAAAGAAAAAUACUUCUAACUCUGUUGGAUUUACUGUUUAUAUGCCAUUUUGAAUAUAUACUGCAAUUGUUCUGAUUUGGAGUCUUUAAAGUCUUUAAUCACCAUGAAUGAUUACAUUUUUCUUUCUGAAGUUGCGAGUGACUGGCAAAAAUGACAAAUGUGUCACAAAGCACAUGAAAGCAAGUGACGGAGCCACAUUGCCAUUUGUGGCCACAAACUUCCUUCAAAGCACAUCUUCUACUGGCAGACAAUGUAUGUGAGUGUGAGAUGUAUCAGCGGAGAGGCCUGUUAGGUUCACUUUGAUUGUUGUUGGUGUUUUUUUGUUUUUUUUCAUUUACAAAAAUAUGUUUCACAAAAGAAAAUGAAAUUUAAUAUAUUUUCUUGAAUUUCAAACAAAAGAAACUCCCAUUGACUCAGUCUCAGAUCUAGAGCUGAUUCAGUAAAUGUAUUUUUCAUGUAAUAAAACAAAGAUGAGCAACUGUUUUUAUCGGACAUUAGAUAACUUUAAAUGUCCCAAAACAACAUCUUGAAAUUGCACUUUUAUGUUGUCCCCCAAUACGGUUUUAAAGAGGUGGGAGGGUCUUAAUUGAAGAAGAUACUUCAUUUUGAUCUCAUUUCAUAAAUGCAUGGACUGGUAUGAUUUUGUUGGACUAUUCUGUAUUAACAAGUUGCCACUUUAUGUGUCAUGCAAAGAACGAGAAAAAAAUGCAAAGAUAAAAAUAUCCAGAGAAAUCAUUGGAUAUUCACGAAAACUAAAACUACUUUAUCCAAAUGGUGACUACUAAUAAUUUUAACAUUAAUAAACUGAAUCAAUCAUUUUUGUUUAAAUUAAUGACUGUAAUUUAUUAUUAUGUUUACUUAUUUAUAAUUCUUAACUCUUAAUUUAUAUACCACACAUUGUUUGCUCAGGAAGUUUUGUGAAGAAUAUUUAUUUUUCCCUGUUUGUAUUUGAUGUUUUGUAAUGUGAACUGGAUUUUUUGUGUAAUGAUAUUAGUAUGAUGGAACCGUAUUGUACAUUCUUUUCUUUUUGAUUAAAACAAAAUGCUUUUUUCAGUUGAAGUAGUUUCUAUAUUGAACUUUCCUUGGACUUUUACUAUUUCAUAAGCAGAUAAUGCACAGUGUUGUACAGUUUGUGUAUGGUAGAAAUAAAAUAUUCAUAUGGCCGAAUCAGCUGCAAUUU